CUUUCCUUUUUUCCCUGCCAAGAGAGAAGUGCCCAACGAAUACGAUGCGGUUUAGGUUUACAGCAGCUCCGAAUGUGUUUGCUGCUUUAGUCAACUGUGAAAGCUCUCCCGCUGAUUCUGCUCGUCCAUUCUGAUGGAAAAGGAGCAGCUGGGAAGGUGCUGUUUCAAGCUCGCUGGCUCUUGGACACACAAGGGGGAAAAAAAAAAAGAGAACCUAAAAGAGAAAACUUUUGACUGCACUGAAGAGAGAUAAAGAGGGGAAGAGAGUCACAUGACUUGGGCCACCCUACCCUAUGUCACAGUAUGUGGAAGCUGUGAUAGCUCUUAUCCAGUCACGUCUGGAAUGCUGCCUGUCACUUAGGCUAUUUCGGCUAUCUGUCGGUAUCGGGGCUGCAGUGCUAACAGUUUGGCAGAUGGGACGCUUUUUCUCAGAGUUUAUGUUUUUGAUUUUUAACUCCUGGCAAAGCUCACGGCAUCCCUUUCUGCUUCUCUUUGCUGCCCGUCGUUAACAAACCAUGGCCCACCGGCUACGAUUUCAUUUUGGCUCGGGAAGGAGCAACACGGCCCCCGAGUCCGACGUCGUAGAACAGGAGAGAGAAGAUGACUUUUUCAUGGCAUUCCACACGCUGCCCAGGAGAAAUGGCUCCCACCCCAGGCACUGCGGAGACGGGACCCUCCAAGAAGACGGCGCCCUAAAAAGGAGCACCUCAAUGUUUAUACCGCAGUUGCUGCAGAACAUUGACGCGCGUCCAACCCGAAGCUCCUCCAUGCAUAUCUCCCUGCAGCGCAAAAGCCCAGAUGAGUGCGAGAGCUCUGAUUUUUCGGAUGAGGUGUUUUCUUGUGGUUUUGGGGACUUCAACGAACGUUACAUUUCGCCCGUGAGGAAAAAUUCCUCUUGCUUGAGCAGCCCGCAGGAUACGCCUAGUAAUUCUCCUCCUAGAAUGCAUGAAUCUGGGGGGCAGCCUGUUAAUGGGGCAACUUCCAUUUUUUCCAGACCUCCCAUUCAACGUUUUGGGGAGCAGAAUGGAAAUAUUAAUUAUGCGACAGACGGAGAGGAGGAAAUUACAGUACCGACAUGCAGCAAAAAUGUUGACGGGUUGAGAGUGAAAAGCCAGAGCCAUGGCACAGACAUCCGACAGGUGAGGUUGCUGCCACCAUGUUAUGAAGGACAGAACGAUUCUUCUGCAGAACCAAGGCGCUGGUCUUUACAGCAUCUUCCGGACACCUCAGUAAGCCCUGGAAAAAGGUGUUUUAUAUUUCAGCUUCAGCAGUCUCAGGCAACUAAUUGCAACUUGGCGGGAGAGUAUAAUUUCGGGUUUACAGGCACCAAAGGAGACCGACUGGUUCGAUAUCCCCGCAUCAGACUCGAAAGGAGUACCUCCUAUCCACUGCAACCGCGAGCCGAGAGCAUUAGCCCUGUAGAGAAUGGAAACACUCAAGAUGGCAGAUCUUGCGGUAAAGACUCGAGUGAGGAUUUCCCGAAUGAUUCCAGAGACCUCCCCUCACAAGGACAGGGGUGCUCGUUUGAAAUUAGGCAAGAGCAAAAUGGAAGACAGCCCCAUUUUAGGAUUCUUUUGACACGAGGUAGCGAAGAGCAGAAUGGAGACCAAGGGCACAGGGCUAGAAGUUCUGGAUCUGCUUCCGGAAAUGACACAACUAGAGAUGACUUCUUGGGUCAAGUAGAUGUACCUCUGAACCACCUACCAACAGAAGAUCCCACAAUGGAGAGACCGUAUACAUUCAAAGACUUCUUACUCCGACCAAGAAGCCAUAAGUCUCGGGUGAAGGGUUUCCUGAGAUUAAAGAUGGCGUACUUGCCAAAGAAUGACGGACAAGAGGAAGAAACCAAUGAGCAGAGGGAAGAAGCAGAGCGUGCCUGGGAUGUUGUAGAUUCCAAUGAAUCUCCCUCUUCACACCAGCAAGAACCGCCGGUCCCUCCUUUACCCCCAGGAUGGGAGGAAAAAGUUGACAACCUCGGGCGCACAUACUAUGUGAAUCACAAUAACAGGACCACCCAGUGGCAUCGGCCAAGCCUAAUAGAUGUUGCAUCUGAAUCGGAUAACAACAUCAGACACAUACAGCAAGAAGCCCACAGAGUGUUCAGAUCAAGGAGGCACAUCAGUGAAGACUUAGAACCAGAACACGGGGACGGAGGGGAUGCACCAGAGCCAUGGGAGACUAUUUCGGAGGAAAUGAGUUUAAGCAGCGACAAUCUGAACACGUCUCUACCACCACCUGCAUCCCCUGUCUCUCGGGCCAGCGCUUUGGAACUAUCGGAGGAGCUCAACCGGAGGCUACAGAUCAGCUCUGAGUCCAAUGGGGAACAGUUCAGCUCACUUAUUCAGCGGGAGCCCUCAUCUAGAUUACGGUCUUGCAGUGUGACUGACGGUGUCCCUGAACAAGUUCAACUGCCCAUGCAGCGGGAGCCCUCAUCUAGAUUACGGUCGUGCAGUGUGACUGACGGUAUCGCUGAACAGGCUCAACCUCCCAUGCAGCGGGAGCCCUCAUCUAGAUUACGGUCUUGCAGUGUGACUGACGGUAUCGCUGAACAGGUUCCACCGCCCAUGCAGCGGGAGCCCUCAUCUAGAUUACGGUCUUGCAGCGUGACUGACGGUAUCGCUGAACAGGCUCCACCACCCAUGCAGCGGGAGCCCUCAUCUAGAUUACGAUCUUGCAGUGUGACUGACGUUCUCGCUGAACAGGCUCAGCCGCCCAUGCCAAGGGCCUCAACAGGACGAGCGCGGUCCUCAACUGUGACAGGUGGAGUGGAUUCCACGCCAUCGGUGGCCUAUGUACAUACCACCCCGGGGUUACCGUCAGGCUGGGAGGAAAGGAAAGACGCUAAAGGACGCACUUAUUUCGUUAAUCAUAACAAUCGCACCACAACAUGGACCCGUCCCAUCAUGCAGCAUGCAGAAGAUGGUGCAGUGGGAUCCAACUCAAGCAGUAGCAAUCAUCUGAGCGAGCCUCAGAUUAGGCGACCUCGUAGCCUCAGUUCCCCCACAGUCACUUUGUCCGCACCACUGGAGGGUGCUAAAGACUUCCCCGUGCGCCGGGCUGUGAAGGAUACAUUGUCCAACCCUCAGUCUCCACAACCAUCUCCAUAUAACUCUCCUAAACCACAACACAAAGGGGCACAGAGCUUCUUGCCGCCAGGCUGGGAGAUGAGAAUAGCGCCAAAUGGCAGGCCUUUCUUUAUUGACCAUAAUACCAAAACUACCACUUGGGAGGACCCGAGGUUGAAAUUUCCAGUUCACAUGCGAACAAAAGCGUCAUUAAAUCCGAACGACUUGGGUCCUCUACCACCUGGCUGGGAGGAGAGAAUACACCUAGACGGCAGAACAUUCUACAUAGACCACAGAACUCAAGUGUUGAUGUGCACAGACCGCGAAAAUGCACAGUCCCUGCCCCCCUACGAUACUAAAAUAACCCAGUGGGAAGACCCUCGGCUACAGAAUCCAGCCAUCACCGGGCCAGCUGUCCCCUACUCCAGAGAAUUCAAGCAGAAAUAUGAUUAUUUCAGGAAAAAACUGAAGAAACCAGCUGAUAUACCAAACAGAUUUGAAAUGAAGCUUCACAGAAACAACAUCUUUGAAGAAUCGUACAGGCGGAUCAUGUCAGUGAAGAGGCCGGAUGUCCUGAAGGCACGGUUGUGGAUAGAGUUUGAAUCCGAGAAAGGCUUGGAUUAUGGUGGCGUGGCCAGAGAAUGGUUCUUCCUUUUGUCCAAAGAGAUGUUUAAUCCAUAUUAUGGACUGUUUGAGUAUUCUGCCACGGACAAUUACACCCUCCAAAUAAAUCCAAAUUCUGGUCUGUGCAAUGAAGAUCAUCUCUCAUAUUUCACAUUCAUCGGUCGAAUUGCCGGCCUUGCAGUAUUCCAUGGGAAAUUAUUAGACGGCUUUUUUAUUCGGCCUUUCUACAAAAUGAUGCUGGGGAAGCAAAUAACGCUGAAGGACAUGGAGUCUGUGGAUAGUGAAUACUAUAAUUCUUUAAAAUGGAUAUUAGAAAAUGACCCAACUGAGCUGGAUCUCAGGUUCUGUAUAGAUGAAGACAAUUUUGGCCAGACUUACCAGGUUGACUUAAAACCAAAUGGAUCAGAAAUGGUCGUAACAAAUGAAAACAAGAGGGAGUAUAUUGACCUAGUCAUUCAGUGGAGAUUUGUUAACAGGGUACAGAAACAGAUGAAUGCAUUUUUAGAGGGAUUUACUGAACUCAUUCCUAUAGAUUUGAUAAAGAUUUUUGAUGAAAAUGAACUUGAGCUUCUAAUGUGUGGUCUGGGAGAUGUGGAUGUAAAUGACUGGAGACAACACACACUGUAUAAAAAUGGAUAUUGUGCAAACCACCCGGCAAUCCAGUGGUACUGGAAGGCUGUGCUGCUGAUGGACGCCGAGAAACGGAUCCGAUUGCUGCAGUUUGUCACCGGGACUUCUCGUGUGCCUAUGAAUGGGUUUGCUGAACUCUACGGUUCUAAUGGUCCUCAGCUGUUUACAAUAGAGUUGUGGGGAAGCCCAGAAAAAUUACCCAGAGCUCACACCUGCUUUAACCGUCUAGAUUUACCUCCUUAUGACUCCUUUGAAGAGUUGCGGGAAAAACUUCUCAUGGCGGUUGAGAACGCUCAGGGAUUCGAAGGCGUCGAUUAAGGAGUAACCGUUUCCUCUCCAAUAAAACGCAUCUUCCUUUUUGCAAAUUGAAAUGAAAUGGACAUUACCAGAGAUGACCGAGAGAUGCUUAACAAAAUUAAAAACACACUAUAAAAAAAAAAAUCAACAACCAAGGACAUGACAAAAGACUAAUGUGACACUUUUUUUGGCUGUUGAUGUUGUGUCAGUUUACGUAGCAAAGUCGGAUAAUUUCUCUUGAUUGCUACAAAAUUUGCUUACGGGGGGCAAAAAAAGUUGCUGGUAAAAAGGUACAAUUUUUGAAAUUGAAAGCGUGAACUGUGCCAAUCUGGAAACCUUUUCUUUUUGGGUGUUCAAUCGACAGCUCCUGGCGCUUGGUCUGAGGAGCACUUUCCCCAGUUUGGACCUCUGGCGCAAUAGACUGCGGAUGAUAGACUGCGGAUGAUAGACUGCGGAUGGUACUUUCAAAGAUCAAGACAGCGUUUGCACACUGUUCAUUGUAUGCUUAAAUUACAUUUCAGGAGGACUUUAUUUAUAUGGUGCCAGCCCUUAAUUCAUUAUUUUACCUAUUUUCUAAUGACAAUGAGUGGAACCAAUCACAUGGAAGGUAUAGUAUUAUAUAUAAAAAAAAAAAAAUGACAUGUUUACUUUUUAAAUGAUUUGAACAUAUUUUCAAAUUUUAACUUCGCUAUAAUUAAAGCUGUCUACUCGAAACAGUCGACACAAGCUACUUCUGUUUUAAUUCCAAAGACAUGGUGAAUUGAGUGCAGUGCCAAAACAUAGUCGUUAAUUGUAUUUUUUUUUUUUUAUAACAAAGUUCACCUCUGCUAAGUUUGAUUUGUAUGCAAGAUCUCUAGGAAACAGAAGCCCAUUAUCAUUAAGAAAAAGUGCUGCUUCCCUUUCUGUGAAGAUAAAAUACUGUGUGUGGUCACUGCUCUUCCUCAGUGUUGUAACUGAGCUUAUCUGAACCAGGGGGGUUAAAAAAAUCAGUUCCUGUAAUGCAGGGAAGCAUCCACUGCCUUGCCAUGGUACACUGUAACUAUCAAUUUGCAUUGCAGUGAGUGGGUAAGCACAGGUCACAGAAGAGCUUAUGUAUGUAAAAUUCACUAAACAUUUCUUGCUGUCUAUCAACCAAUCAGCUCCCAGUUAUUUCUGCAGUGCAGAGUUAGAAAGGAAACACAGGUUUCAAAUGGAUGCCAUGAAAUCUUUUUGUUGCACACUUUACAUGCUCAAGCCUGAUAGCAUGCAAGGGUGUUGAGUAUUGAAAUUGUAUAUUCGCUAUUCUGCCAUUGAUGGGACAGUUGCUAAUAGUGUUAAUUAGUGGUGUUUUUUUUUUAACUCCAGAUCCUUUUCCCUGUUUUUUAAUUACCGUACUUGAUAUAUUCCCAUCACACAAGUUCCUGGGCACGGCUUGGUGUACGAGGAUACUGCCGGCAAGCCGACUCGAAUCAGCCUAGAUAAACACACCAUAGAUCCAUAAUCGGUAGUCCAAACAUUUGUGAAAAUGAUCACAUAAGUGCAGGUUCAGUGUUUCAAUGCCACACAAGAUGUCU